UUGUCAGAUUUUAAAAUGUGAAAAUAGAAAAAGAAAGAAGAUUUGACUUGAUUUUUAUUUUUUUUGGGUUAUCACUGAUACGCUCUCCAGCAGCUAUGUGCACCGACGGACAAAGCAAGCAUUGUCGAGAAGAGUUUUCUCUCUCUUCUUUCUGCUACAAUCCGAAGUCACAGUCCGCGCUGGCAAAGAUUCCUUCUUUUUUCUUUGCUCUAGUGUAAAAUUUUCCUGAGAAACAAUCACUAUUAUCAUGUUUUUUGGUUUCUUCAUCUAAAUCUGGUACUAAACCUUGUUGGGUCUUUUUUUGGGGGGGAAGUUAUGGGAUGUUCUAGUUCAAAGUUAGAUGAUCUCCAGGUGGUUGCGCUUUGUCGGGAAAGAUGUGCUUUUUUAGAUGAAGCGAUUCAGCAACGUUUUGCCUUAGCGGAAGCUCAUGUUGCUUACACUGCUUCUUUGAAGUUAUUUGGUCAGUCUUUGAAUGAUUUCGUCGAGCAUGAUUUUGGAACUUCUUCAGGGGCGUUGCCUCCUUUACCUCCGUCCCCUAAUAAGCUUAAAAGCAAAGCGGUGGAUCCAGUUCAAGUUGGAUCAAGUUCACCCAAAAAAGGUGCUAUUUCUCACCACCAUUCCCAUUCGAAUUCUGGGUCUCAUCUUCACUUCUUUCCUGAUUCAGAUGAAGAUGACUCUGGCGGGUCUUUGCACCAUUCAGAUCAUUCUUCUCCUUUGCACGAUGCUGGUGGGAGUCAUAUAGACUAUAUGCACCAAAACUAUCACGAUUUUGGAGCUUUUGGAACUGGGUCUUUUCCAGAUGGGUUUAUGCAUAUGAAUUAUAUGAAGAAGCAACCAACGCCGUCUAUUGUUUAUGAGCAAAGGCCUAUGAAUCCAGAGACAGUUUACAUGGGUGAAGGUUCAUCUUCAUCUUCUUCUUAUCCUUACUCUUUUGUAAGUAAUAAUAAUCCUAGUUCCAGUUCAUACCCUUAUCCGGGUUACCAAAAUUCUGGUGGUUUUAGUAAUUAUUCUUCUUAUUCGGCGCCUGGUUAUGAGUCUUCACGGCAACCGUCAUCGGUGGCCGCGGGGUCAUCCUCGAAACCGCCGCCUCCACCCUCACCUCCGAGAGCUUCAGCUUGGGAUUUCUUGAACCCUUUCGAGAGUUAUGAAAACUAUUAUCGUCCGUCUACGCCGAGUCGGGAUUCGAGGGAGGUGAGAGAAGAGGAAGGGAUCCCUGAUUUGGAAGAUGAGGAUUAUCGACAUGAAGUAGUUAAAGAAGUGCAAGGGGAUCAGAAAUUUGUUGAUAGCAGGGGUUAUUCGAAGUCCCCAGUUGAACAUGAGUUUGGGAAAGCUGUUAGUAGUGAAGCAGAGGCUUCGCUUUAUCAGACUAGGCCGAGUGUUGGGAUGGAAACUGAUGGGGUGGAAUAUGAUGUUCAUGUGGUGGAUAAGAAAGUUGUGGAUGAUGAGAGAGCUGAGGAGCGCGGUAACGGGUCACGAGGCGCUCCAAGGAAUGUUUUUGAGGUGGUUAGAGAGAUAAAGGUUCAGUUUGUGAGAGCUUCCGAAUCAGGGAGUGAAAUUGCCAAGUUGCUUGAGGUGGGAACACUUCCUUAUCAGCGCAAACAUGUUUCCAAGAUGUUGCAUGUAGUUUCUCCUUCAUUAUCAAUAGUAUCAUCUAAGACUGCUGGGUCUUCAUCUUCGGCUGACAACACUGAUCCAGCUUUUCUAGACUUCAACGAAGAAUUGGCCAGGAAACCAAAAAACCUUUCGUCUACUUUGCAGAAGUUAUAUCUUUGGGAAAAGAAACUCUACAAUGAAGUAAAGGCUGAGGAGAAGAUGCGGUUAGCUUAUGACAGGAAAAGCCGCAAGUUGAAGCGACUAGAUGAAAGGGGUGCUGAAGCUAACAAAAUUGAUUCAACGCGGAAUAUAAUCAGGAACCUAUCCACAAAGAUAAGAAUUGCAAUUCAAGCUGUUGACAAGAUAUCCAUGACAAUUAAUAAGAUCAGGGAUGAGGAGCUAUGGCCACUGCUCAAUGAACUGAUUGAAGGGUUAAACAGAAUGUGGAAAUGUAUGCUUGAAUGCCAUCGUAGUCAGUGCCAGGUGAUUAGAGAAGCCAAAAGUUUAGGUUCUAUUGGAUCUGGCAAAAAGCUCAAUGAUGAUCAUCUUAAGGCUACAUUGCAGCUUGAGCGUGAACUUAUUAGUUGGACGAUAGGGUUCUCUAGUUGGAUAGGUGCCCAGAAGGGUUAUAUCAGGGCUUUGAAUAAUUGGCUUCUUAAAUGUCUUCACUAUGAACCUGAAGUAACAGAUGAUGGAAUAGCUCCGUUCUCGCCUAGUAGGGUAGAUGCACCCCCCAUAUUCGUAAUAUGUAAUCAGUGGUCACAAGCAAUGGAUAGAAUAUCUGAAAGGGAGGUGGUUGAAUCUAUGGGAAUUUUUGUCAAGAAUGUUCUCCAGCUUUGGGAACAAGACAAGUCAAAAAUGCAUCGGAGAAUGAUGGCCAACAAGGAUUUAGAGAGAAAAGCUAGGAGUUUGGAUAGAGAGGAUCAAAAGCUACAGAAAGAGAUCCAAGCAUUGGAUAAGAAAAUUGUUUUGGUCUCUGGAGAUGGAAGUAGUCUCUCAGUAGCUGGACAUGUGUAUCAGAGUGAGACUAGCAACAGUAGUUUGCAGGGGAGCUUGCAACGCAUUUUUGAGGCGAUGGAAAGGUUCACUUCUGAGUCCUCCAAAGUCUACAAGGAGCUUUUGCAACGUGUCAAAGAAGGGAUUACUCCAGAGCACGAGAGAGUUUCAUAGGGCUGUAAAAUGAAAUGAAUUAUGCCUUUGGAUUGAUGAUCUAGUUUACAGUAUGCAGUCUGUUGCCCUUUGAGAAAUGAAGCUUAGUGGUGGGCUAUAGACGGGUCUGGAAACGGACAACUUGGCUGGUUGCUUGUCUAUUAAGGAGGACUUUGCUAUGAAUCGGAUGAUGGGGGAAACAAGAUUGGAGCAAGCCUUAGCAUUGUUAAUGUUGAGGUAAUGAUUAACCAUCUGCCUCUGACAAGAAUAGUGUCAGAUGGCCUACGCAGAAGUUAAGAGAUCAGGAGGAGCAAGUGGCUAGGUGUUGCAAAUUGCAAAGCUUUCCAACUGAUUUUUUGCAUUUGCUCAUUCGGCGGUGAUGAGAAGGGAGAACAAUUCAUGGUGUCCAAAAUCCUACUCGAAGUGCAACUCAUUGUUUUCUAUCAACUAAUUGGCAUAGAGCAGCAUCCAUUGAAAAAAAUCGGCCAUGCUUCUGCAAAAGAAACCAGCGCAUGUGGCCAAACCAUCGGAGUAAGCAGAUUCUCCAUCAGUUUUGCAUGAUUAAGAGUUUUAAAUGUUGGUUUUUUUGAGCAUUAUAGAGUGAUGUUAGUCAUACGAAUACCCACAAUCAAAUGUUGUACUAUACUGCAAUUUUCUCUUCCAUUUGGAAUUAAAUUACAUCAAUUUUUGUAUAGACGACAGUUCAGACAGCCUGCAAAUAGAAAUGAGAAGUU